UCGACUGUUUCUUGCCAAUUUUUUCUGAUCGAAAACAGAAAGGGAAAAAUGACAGAAAGAGUAAACGGAUCUAGUCCAGUGUGUACAGAAUUUACGGAUAUUUCACUGCAAGAAGGACAGAAGAAAAAGAAGAAACAGCCAAGAAGAAUUUUACACUUUAGUGAUGGUAUAUUAGAAGAAUAUUCUACAGAUGAAGAAGAUGAAAAUCCUCCACAACCAAUGGUUGAUCCUAAAACAUUAACAUGGAUGCCAUGGGUGUGGUACCAUGUUGUGACUGUAUCAAAGAAAGCUCUAUCAGUGGCUGACACAUGUGGAGAACAUCUUGCCUGGUUCUUUGGUAUUACUUCUCCAAAAUAUCAAUAUGCAAUAGAUGAAUACUAUAGACUGAAAGAAGAGGAGGAAAGAGAAAAGAAGCAAGAAGAAAAAAGAAGGCAAAGAAUUGAGGAAGAAAAAUUAUCUCAUGUAGAAGUUGACACCAAAAUGCCUUCAAACGAACAAUCUGAUGCAGAUACAAGUGAUAUCAAAGUGGAAGUUCUAAAAACAGAAAAACAAUCAGACACACAAAAAGAAGAAGAGAAAUACUGAUGUUUAUUUGUUAGAUUACAUAUUUACAUACUGAAGGCACAUUUUGUGACCUUUGUUAUCAGAUCUGGUGGAAAAUAUUGUUAUAUUAUUACCAGCAUUGUCAUUUUUAUGUUACUUUUUCAAAACAUUUGUUAUUUGGUUGUAGGAAAAUUGGCUGAAUCUUUUGAAACAAACAUUGCAAUUAAAGCUAUGAUAGCUGUUUGUUAUGACAAAACUAAGUUUGAAUCUUUCUUUAUCAGUAAAUCCAAAGGACAUUAGUUAAAGUCUAGCAUUUGUUUGGUUUGGAACUAUGGACCAGUUAAUUGUGUGUGCGUGUGUGUGUGUUUUUUUUUAAUUUAUUAAUUUAAUAAGACCAAUGUCUCAGCUACAUGUUAAUGUACUAUGAAAAAGCUUUUAUUUGUUGGUGUAAAUUUUCAUGGUUACUUGGAAAGUUUUGAUUUUGUUGGUACUUGAAAUUGUUAAUUACUAAUCAAUGGAAAAUCAAAAUUAAAUAGAAUGCAAAAAAAAUUUGCAGUAACCUGGACUUUAUAAAAUUUGCUAUCCAACAAAUAAACAUACUUUCACAAUAAAAAAAACUUCAAAAAACUGCUUUGUCAAAUUGAGGUUCAUGCUACAAAUUUUGGGAGUCCACUCCAUUGCAAUAUUUCUUGAAAGAUUCGAUACUGUAGUAAUAUUGUAAAGAAAUGUUUUUUUUUCGUUGUUCUUCAUAUUGAUGUUUACAAAAGUUGUGUAAGAUGUUUUUCAAAAUGAGACGAAAAGGAAAAAAUGUAGAUUAAGUGAUUAUUUUUCUUUUGAACUAAUUUUGCUGUUCUCUGAAAAAAAAAGAAAACAUUAGAAAAGUUAUAGCUGUGUGUGAGGAAAAUAUCCAUGAUUCAAUGCAUCUUAGUGAAUUAUUACCCUAAUAAUGUCCAGUUAAAACAACAGUUCUGUUUAGUAAAAAACACUGUUUAGUCCAAUAAAAGAAGUUAAAUUCAGUAAAAAGUAUUGAUGUCUUAUAUGGACCUCUUAAUAAGUUUGAUCGACUUUUAAAGACAUGCAAAUUGCUUGACUUAUAAUGAAAUAAUCAAAAUAAAUUUUGGAAAGUUAGGGAUCUAUCUAUGAAAGACAAAUUUCAAACCCAUCUGACUCAAACUUUGACAAAUAACACAUUUAAAAUGACUUUUUCUCCCAGUGAUGUCCUUGUUUUAUUGUUUUAAUAUUUUCAUUCUGACUCAGAAAUCAAAAUAUUAUUUACACAUAUAUCAGACGAGUUCUACAGUAGUUGGUCAUGGUAUUAGAACAUUGAUUUUAUAUAAUGAGGCUAUUUCAAGAUAAUUAACUGUAAUUGUAUACAUGUAUACUAUACCAUGGUAUGCGUUAGUGGGAUCUUUAUUAUAUAUCAUCAAAUUUGCUAUCAUUAUGCAUCAGAUUCUUCUCAUUAAUUUUAUUUUUAUAUAAUGUCAUAGUAAAAGUUAUUGCAGCUAAUUCUGUUUCAUAGAAUAAUUGAUUUUUUUUACUUGGCAACUUAUUUCAUGUUGUACAUUCAUAACAAUAAUUGAUUUUUGACUACUAUUUUUCAUAAGUCGUCUAUGAAUGUAUGUAUGCUUGUUUUUUUCCCCCAAUUCACUUUGUAGUUAACAUAUCUAAAAGCAAUGGAAACAAUGAUUAAUACAAUUGAACAAAAUUCUUUAAAAAAGAGAUUCUUAUUUGAUUUAGUUGAAAAUAACUUUUUUGAAGUUUUUUUUUUUUUUGGAAAAAAAAAAACAUCACAACAAAACAAAACCAUUCCCAAGAAAUAGGUUAUAAGAUUAUGGCUUUUAUUGUGAUAUUGAUCUAUAGUAAAAUUGUUUACAGAAGAUUGUUUUUGUACACGGUUAUUCAUACCAUGUCUGGUAGAGUUGAUGGGUUACUGCAUUGACCUCCGUCCUGUUUUAUUUAAAUCUGUUUGUCCCUCUGAACUGAAAGUUUUGAAAUUUAUCACUCAGUAUCUGCAUUAAGGAAUUAUAUAUUUAGUCUUGAAUAUUACUCUGUAUAAAUAAUUUCCAACCAUCUUUGUAGAUUGUUUAGAUAUUGAACAAAUGAUAUAUACUAAUAGCAUCGCAUCUCAUUCAGGGGCGAAUUCAGGCAGGGGCGUGGCGUGCGGGGGCCCCCCUAAUAUUUGCAAAGCAUGGGUUGUCUCUACACUCUAGAAGAAUAUUUCAAUAAUUUUACCUCAAAUUUUUUUUCGAAAUUUAAAGUUUGCGCCACCCCUAACUUAAAAUCCUGGAUCCGCCCCUAUCAUUUAACUUCAUGUACUUUUUCUAUUGAAUUGUUUAAGCAUAUUAUAAAUGGUUGUUUAAUAUUAUUUAUGUUUCUAUAAAAUAUUUAUUAAUUUCAUUCCUUUUGAAAUAAAAAGGCUGUUUUUGAAA